AUGUGGAAAUACUUUACCUUCAAAAACACUUGGAGAUACAUUGACGUACUUCCAGACCUUCUCGAAUCUUACGACAAUAGCUUUCACCGCAGUAUUYGAAURAAACCCGUGGAGGUCAACAAGAAGAAUGAAUCGGUGGUUUGGCACACCUUGUAUGGAAAAACCGUUACAGAACCUAUUCGCUACAAAUUUGGAGUUGGCGAUCAAGUCAGAAUCAUUAAAGCUAAGAAGAUCUUUGACAAAGGUUAUUUACCAAACUGGACUACUGAGAUAUUUAUCAUAUCGGAAAGGCUCCCAAGGCGACCACCAGUUUAUCGUCUAAAAGACCUACAAGGAGAAGUCUUAGGGGGUGUGUUUUACGAAGAAGAACUUCAAGGUGUUCAAAAAGACGAUGAUGUUUAUCAAAUAGAGCAUAUCUUGAAAAAACGAAGAGUGAAAAAUCGCUUAGAGUAUUUUGUUAAGUGGAAAGGGUAUCCAGAUAAGUUUAAUUCUUGGGUCCCAGCUAGGUCAUUACUCUUCAUUGGAGAGCAUUAUUGGCAAGAUGAACGAUUUGGUCAAGGCGACUAA